AUGAUAUUAUUUUACUUGCAGCCAUUGUCACCAACAGAAGCUGCAGCUAGGGCCAAAGAAUCUGCUAAAGAGAUCAUUAGCGUUAAGAUAUUGAUCGACAAAAAUAGUCUCAAAAAACUCACCGGCAAGCUCUUUCAAACCAUCGGCAACUUGGACUAUGCGGCAAGGUCAAAGAGCAGCCCAGAUGCUGGGAAGUAUUACUCAUGGAUAGAGUCACAAAAACGGUCUCAGACAAUAUAUUAUUAA